GACGGCAACUUCGUCUUCUUCAAAGGAGACCGGCACUGGGUGUUUAAGGAGGCCACCCUCCAGCGCGGGUACCCCCGCCCGCUGCGGGAGCUCGGCACUCGGCUCCCCAAGGAUCGCAUCGAUGCCGCGCUCUGGUGGAGUCCGAGCGGGAAGACCUACUUCUUCCGCGGGAACAAGUACUACCGUUAUAAUGAAGACACCAGGUCAGUGGAUCCCGACUAUCCCAAGCCGGUCACUGUCUGGCAUGGCAUUCCCGAGUCUCCCAAGGCGGCCUUCGUCUCCGAGGAUGGAGCCUACACCUACUUUGUCAAGGGGAACCACUACUGGAAGUUCAACAACCAGCACCUGAAGGUGGAGCCGGGCUUCCCCAGGUCCAUGCUGCGGGAUUGGUUUGGCUGCCGGCUGCACCCAGACCGGGACACGGACGAGGAGAUCCUGGUGGAGGUGGACGAGGCCCGGGAGGGGCUGAACCCGGCGGCGGUGGUGGUGCCAGUGCUGCUGAUGUUGGCCGUGCUGCUGCUGGUCGCCCUGCUGGUCGUCUUCAAGAGGAACGGCACACCCAAGAAGCUGUUACACUGUCACCGCUCCCUGCUGGACAAGGUGUGAGGCCACGUCCCAGGACCGAUUGCCCCGGGUGGUCCCGGCUCCGACCGUCCCACCCACACCCCUAACCCCAGACCCUGACCCAAACCCUGACCGUCACACCCCCUGACCAUCCCACCCUCAGAUCCCGACCGUCCCACACCCAGACCCCAACCGUCCCAAACUCCCCCCCACCAAACCGUCCCACCCCCACCCCAGACCCCGACCGUCCCACCCUGACCCAGACCCCGACCGUCCCACCGUAUGACCGUCCCACCGUAUGACCAUCCCACCCUCAGAUCCCGACCGUCCCACCCCCAGACCCCAACCGUCCCAAACUCCCCCCACCCCAAACCGUCCCACCCCCACCCCUAACCCCAGACCCCGACCGUCCCACCGUAUGACCGUCCCACCCUCAGAUCCCGAUCGUCCCACCCCCAUCCCUAACCCCAGACCCCGACCCCGACCAGCCCAAACUCCCCCUCCCUGAUCCGUCCCACCCCCACCCCUAAACCCAGACCCCAACCCGUCCCACCAUGUCUCACAGCCCCCAAACUUCCCACCCCACCGUGUGCAGCCCCCCACCCCCUCUCCCAAUCACCCUGCCCCUGCCCCCGGACCCAUCCCAUCCCCACCCUGCAGCCCCGUCCCACCCAAUCUUGUUUAUUCCCCAACGCCCCCUCCCCAUUCCUGACGCAGCCCCCCCCCCCGUCCCCGCCCUCGCCGCCCCUCCCCUCCUGCAGGGGGCAGCCUAUAGUUUAAAGGGACACCUCCCACCACCAGCUCUGGCCUGACCAGUGACCCCCGUGACCCCGUCAGCCGAGUGCCUAGGCCUGACCCCUGACCCAGCCCCUGACCUCACCAGGGCAGGGGCGGGUGAGAGACAGAGGGGGAGCGGCCCCAGAGUCCCAUCCCCAUCACCCCAGAAGGAUGCAAGAUGGCGGCACUCUUAAAGGUACAGUCCGGCAGGGCACCAGGGCUCUGGCAACAACUCUGUGUGUUUGUGUUUUAUAUAUUGUAUGUGGUUAUUAAAGUCUGUCACACCCGAGAGCAAGUGACCAAGUUAACCUGCUGCGCAGGUGCUGGUGUUGGUCUGAGUAUCUCGGCCAGACCUCGACAACCCUGUCACUGCAGACUGCAGUCCAACCCCCUCCGUGUUUUUCUAAGAAAAAAAUAUUAAAUUGUGAGUUUUGUGUUCUGUUAUUUUUUUCCUCUGUGGGUUAAUUAAAAAGGUUUGUGGA